ACUCGGUUUCCACUAGCCACCCAAGUUGGGGGAGACAGCAAUGCAGAAAGCUCGAGUUCAAAUUCAAUUUCAAACCGAACAAAGCCUAAAACAAAGGCUAUAAAUACUUGAAAUAUAGAUCAAGAUGUUGACUUCAUCUCCCUCAACAGCUUACAUGUGGCGAGAUCUACGCACGCCCCACUUUUCUCAAUUGUGAUUCCAACAUUUGAUCUCAUCAUCCAAGGACACCCUUCCAAAAAAAUCACCACUUUGUGUCUCUCCCAUAGUUGACAAUUUCUACGUUGAUGUCACUGGAUUAGUUGUGCCUUUUCACUUUGCGUUAGGUACUGACUCCCAUCUUCCAAAGUCUUGAUCUGAAAAUUCUCUAGUCCCUCGUCUUCUUCGAUCCCAAGAGCAAUGUCGAUCUUGAGCAGAAGCAAUGCAAACAUGGGCAACCCUUUGUUCCACGAGUUCAAGAAGCAAGCCUCCUUCUUUUUGAAGGAGAAGAUCAAGACCGCCAGAUUGGUCCUCACGGAUGUCACUCCGGCUCAGCUGUUGACCGAGGACGCUAUCAAUGGAAAUUCAUGGGGUUCGCCGGACACACGGACGCUGGGUAGAAUCUCGAAGGCAGCUUUUGAAGUUGACGAUUACUGGAGGAUCGUGGAUAUAUUGCACGACAGCUUGUCCAGAUCUGACAAAAAGAACUGGAGGAUCUCCUAUAACUCUCUGAUUGUGCUCGAGCACUUAUUGACCCAUGGACCAGAGAGCGUGGCAGAGGAAUUCCAGAGCGAUAAAGACAUCAUCGCGCAAGCCGGGAGCUUCCAAUAUAUUGAUGAGAAGGGAUUCAACUGGGGUCUAGCAGUCCGAAAGAAAUCGGAGAGAAUACUGAAGCUCCUAGAGAAAGGGACUCUUCUCAAGGAGGAGAGGGAGCGAGCUCGGAAACUGACCCGGGGGAUCCAAGGAUUCGGAAGUUUCUGCCAGCGGGCUUGCUCGACGCAGAGCAUCCUAGAAGAUUUUUCGUUGAAACCCUAUGGAAGAUGCAAUUCUCAGCCUGAAAACCAGGAGAACGAAGCCCCAGAGGGAGAGCUGACAAAGAAUGCCGGAGCUUCAGAGCAAAACACCGACAAAGCAAGAGUAUUUCCCGGUUCGGCCAAAGUAACAGAGAAUUCGAGCUGUGAUGAUGCUUCGCUCGAGAUUUACCGAUCCGGGACAAGUUUCGAAGAGAACAUGGAACCGAGCAAGGAAGCGGAUGCGAUGCAGAGACACAAAUGGAACUGCAUUAGGGAGUCUAGACCACUUCUGGAUGGUAAGGGUGAUUACUUCAACAGUGCGGUUGAUGCAGAGGGUGAUCACCCUUUCAAUCACGCCGACCUCGAGUGCUCAGACUCCCUUAUUCCCGUGAGAAACUGAACUGGGCAGGGGAAACUACUGAGAUUUUGAGGAAAUAGGCGUUGCAGUUUCGUACCUGUAGUGUCGCUAAAUGAAGUGGGUUAAGGUUAUGCAUUUCUUGUCAUCUAGAGUAUUCGCUCGAUGUCACCGCUAGUGUAAGCUUGUUCUGCUUUCGAUAAUGUAAGAAAACCAGUUGCUAUGACUUCAACAGACAUCUCUGAUGAAAUCUCUUCUUUAGCUUGUGAA